AUGGUCAAACCACCAAACCCCCAGUCCAUCCAGACGCGCAUCUCGCAUCUCAUCAAUCACUGGCCCUCCGACCCCGUCCGCCCAUCCUCCGUCUCCGUGCAAACCUUCCUUCGCUCGCGCCUCUCUCCCCAGUCCCAGUCUCAGUCCCCCAAUCACCAACCGCAAUCGCAAUCACAGUCCUCCGCGCCCCAAGGUGGUGAAAUCUCAGAGUCUUCCCUCAAUGCCCUGUCCUCAUUACUGGAGGAUCGCUACGCCCGGCGGUAUCCGCUAUCGCCGAAGUUGCGGCGGCCCGCGAGUAACCCAGACCAUUACGAUAAUGUGAUUAAGGAGUUUGCGGAAGCGCCGUCGCGCGAUUGGAUGGGGCGAUUGGGAAAGAGGAUGAAGGGCCUUUUUAGGUUGAAGUAA